GCCUGGUGCAGUAGCAGCCGCCGAGUCAGAGGUCUGCUUCCGCCUCCUGCCAGGAGCACUCGGUGCAGGACAGCUUCGGAACUGGAGUUGCAGGACUUUGCAGGACUCUUAGCAAACAGCGCUCGGUCCUGUAACCAGAGUGGCCAACAAGGAAAUAAUAGGAAAGCAGCUUGUGUACGGAGGCUUGGCAAGACAAGGGAUGCAAUGAGUAUUUAGUCGUGUGAGCCAGGGGACAGAGAGCAAAGACCAGUCGCAGGAAGUGUGCACGGCAAGUAGGAUGCAAUAAAUGGCCUUAGCCCUGCAAAUCAACUUCUGAACUGGUAAACGAGGAGUUUAGUGAAUUUGCAGACACUUAAGCUGCUGUGCACGUUAGAGGUUCAGUCACAUUCUGGUGACAGAAUUUAUCUUGUUAGGGAGGAAAGGGUGUGUUGUUGUUUUAACUUGUAUAUACAAUUAUGUGUAAUGCAAAGACACAGGAAGGAGCACCUCUAAUUCUGUGCUUGGGCAUCAGAUUGCUUUCUGAGGUGAUGGUGGGGGAAGAGAGUAAGACAAAUACGAGCAACUGUGUGACAACAAAGGGUGCUGUUGCUGCUCGCUGAUACACAGGAAGUAAAGGCUGAAAAUAAAGUCAUGCUUUUGGCUUCAACACCGGAGAGCAGCGUUCAUAGGCAACAGAGAGAAUUAAAGCAUUUGAAUGCAGAUGAGGUUGGGAAAAGCUGAAAAUAGUCAAGGUUUAUGGGGAAAGGUCGGUGGGAGCAACAAAUAAAGAGUCAAAUCUUCAGGCAUUUGCAGAACUGACCACAGAAGAGACAACAUGCCAGUAACAAGAAUGCGCAUGAGGCCUUGGCUGGAGUUGCAGAUUAAUUCCAAUCAAAUACCAGGAUUGGUGUGGAUCAACAAGGAUAAGAUGAUGUUCCAGAUCCCAUGGAAACAUGCAGCUAAACAUGGCUGGGAUAUAGAUAAAGAUGCCUGCCUUUUCCGAAGCUGGGCCAUUCAUACUGGGAGAUACAAGGUAGGCGAGAAAGAGCCGGACCCCAAAACUUGGAAGGCAAAUUUCCGCUGUGCCAUGAAUUCACUGCCUGAUAUUGAGGAAGUGAAGGACAAAAGUAUCAACAAAGGCUGCAGCGCAGUCCGGGUUUACAGGAUGCUACCACCCUUAACAAAGCUUCAGAAAAAAGAAAGGAAGUCAAAGUCAUCUAGAGAGUCAAAAAGCAGGAGUAAGAGAAAGUCAUAUGAAGACCAGAGGAUGGAUGAGGCAGUAGAAGCACUGAACAGCAGCAGUCUACCAGAUGACCACAGUGGUUAUACAGUUCACAGCUAUGCAGAACAGGAAGUGGAGCUUGAGAACGCCUCCAUCACUCUAGAUCUCUCACCGUGUGAUAUGAACGCACUGACAGAUUGGAGGACUCCAAUGGAAAUAGCAAUGGCUGACAGCACAAAUGACCUUUACCAGCUUCAAGUGUCACCUUUGGCUUCAUCUUCGGAAGUAACAGAUGAUGAUGCAGAAGAAAUGAAAGAGCAACUUUACAAGCUGUUUGAACAAGACUGGCAUGCAACCAGUGUCGGUGGGAAAGGAUAUCUUACCAAUGAGCCCGGCACACAAAACAUCUGCAGCAACUUCAGCUACAAGGAGCAAGAUUCUGAAAUAGAUACAACCUCAGGGGAAAUAGAGUUCAGAUUUUGUACUGAUCUGAAAAGCAGUCUAGAAUUCUCUUGGCUGGACACCGUUCGAUCUACUGGUAUACAAGCCAUUCCAUGUAGCUUGUAA